AUGCGGACUAGCUCAGCUAGCAAGAAAGGAAAGGAGAAGGAGGUGUAUGGCAAUGAGGCAGAUCCUGUCGUCAUCAGCGAUGAUGAGAUGACUGGUGAUGCUUCUUCCGUCGUGACCCCUGCACCCAAGGCGCCGGUGGUGAGGAAAGAGAGCGGAUUGAAGAGACGGAAGAUGUCUCCUCCCCGCCCUUCACCACCGCUGCCCUCGGAACCCCCUCCGUUCGCCAACGUACCGGACUUUCAGCCACCGCCGACCUGGCCAGAGAUCAUCAAUACCGCCCCGGACCCUGCUGAGGAAGAGGGCGAGGACGGGGACGAGCACGAUAGGGAUGACGACUCUAUAGCGGGACGGGAUUACGAUCACCUCCUCGACUCGGACGAUCCUGACGAGGGGGACGAAGGAGACGGGGAGGAGGAUGCUGAUGGGAAUCGAUGCGAAACAACAAUCCUGGACCUGGAAGAAGCAGAAGCGGAGGAGAUCGUCCCUCUUGAUCAGCCACCUGGACCGCCGGGUAGGCGUCAGCCAUCCCCAACGGGCAGUAUAGGUCUGAACAUGGGCGGGUUGAAUCUUGAUAUGGAGUGGGGAGAGGAUAUGGAGGAAGGUAUGGGGAUGGAGGAUUUCGGAGCGGAGGAGGGGUUUGAUGGCGAGAAACACAUCAAUUCGUGUCUCGACACCUCCUCCAAAUCCAACUCAAAGUCUAAACCCACUUCCCGCCCCAUAUCAUCCUUCAACGCCUUCACCCCUCGUCCCUCCGCCUCCCCCUCGCCCCCUCCCGACCCAAAAGCCGGCGCCGGUCCCAACGCCUUCUCGGUCCUCAUGUCGGGCCACAAAGAGCGGGAGCAAUGGAAAGACGCCGAGAUUGACCUGAGUCGGAAUGGGACCCGGAUAGCCGGGAGGCGGAAAGCGCCGUUCUACAAGGUCAUGACAGGGAUGCCGGUCGCUGUGGAUGCGUUCAGGUAUGGGGCUGUUCCGAAAGUGACAGCUUAUCUGUUAUCACACGCGCACUCGGAUCAUUAUACGAACCUGUCAAAGAGCUGGACGCACGGUCCGAUCUAUUGCUCCAAGACGACGGGGAAUCUGAUUAUACAUAUGCUGGGUGUCGAGCCGCAGUGGGUGCAUGGUCUAGAUGAAGAUAUCCCGUUCGAGAUGCCCAAUACAGGAGGAGUCAAGGUGACCGUCAUCGAGGCAAAUCAUUGCCCCGGCUCGUCCAUCUUCCUCUUUGAAGGUCCCCAGACCGUCAACGCCGGUGAUGGCGGCUUCCGCUCCCCCUACGUCGGCUCCAAGCGGAUCUUCCGUUACCUUCACUGCGGUGAUUUCCGAGCAUGCCCCAAGAUGGUCCUCCACCCCGAUAUCGCCCGCGCCAAAAUCGACACGUGCUACCUCGACACCACCUACCUCAACCCCAAAUACUGCUUCCCGCCCCAACCUCAAGUGAUCGACGCGUGCGCUCAACUCGCCCGGAAAGUCGUCGUUGGUCUCCCUGACACUGCGCCCCCACUCGUCGACCUCAAGCCGCCCAUCUUUGACCAAAAGCCCGAUCUGGAUGAUAAUGGGGAUGUCAAGCCCGAUCUAGGCGGCGGAGUGGGCAAAUUUGAGCCGGUACUUGCUGAGCAACAGGCGGAGGAGAGGGGGAAGGCGAUGAUGAAGGAUUGGUUGGUCAAUGUCAAGGCUGAGGCGGGUGGCGGGGACACUAAGGAUGGCGUGAAGACGGAAGGGGAAGAAUUGGUGGAGAUUGAUAGGAAGCCGAAGGGGCGGACUCUGGUGGUCAUGGGUACCUACUCAAUCGGGAAAGAACGGAUCGUCAAGGCCGUCGCCAAAGCCAUCGGAUCCAAGAUCUACUGCGACCCCCGUAAAAAGGGUAUCCUCCUCUGCGAGACGGAUCCCGAGCUCCACUCGCUCCUCACGUCCGAUCCACUCGACGCGCAAGUCCACCUCCUCCCGCUCGGCAAUAUCCAGCUGGACCGGAUGCAGGAAUACCUCGUCCGUCUCCACCCGCACUUUGAUCGCAUCCUCAGCUUUCGGCCGACAGGGUGGACAUAUUCCCCGCCGGCGGGCACGGAUCUGAUGCCGGAUGUGAAUAUGGUGAUUCGAAGGGAUCAGAGUCGGUGGUUUACCGAUGCGAGUCUGAGGCCUAUGCGGGGGAGCUGCAGGCAGUUUAUGAUGUAUGCAGGCGUACCGUACUCGGAACAUUCGAGUUUCUUUGAAUUGACUUGUUUUGCGUUAAGUCUGCCAGGACCGGAUGUCAAGAUGAUCGCUACGGUCAAUGUGGGGAAUGAGAAGAGCCGGGCGAAAAUGAAGAAAUGGUUCGAAAAGUGGCAGGCGGAAAAAGCGAAGCGGAAAGAGAAGAAGUUGCCUGCGAUUGUUGAUUACAGGGAUAUCACAUAUGUGAGUGGGGCUCUUGCUGACUGGGAGUAA